AUGGUGUUGUCUGUGGUUCAUGGUGCUGACUGUGGUUCAUGGUGUUGUCUGUGGUUCAUGGUGCUGACUGUGAUUCAUGGUGUUGUCUGUGGUUCAUGGUGUUGUCUGUGGUUCAUGGUGUUGUCUGUGGUUCAUGGUGUUGUCUGUGGUUCAUGGUGUUGUCUGUGGUUCAUGGUGCUGACUGUGGUUCAUGGUGCUGACUGUGGUUCAUGGUGUUGUCUGUGGUUCAUGGUGCUGACUGUGGUUCAUGGUGCUGACUGUGGUUCAUGGUGUUGUCUGUGGUUCAUGGUGUUGUCUGUGGUUCAUGGUGUUGUCUGUGGUUCAUGGUGUUGUCUGUGA